CACGAGCUAAUUAUACUCGUGGCGAAAAAAGAAGAUCCGCGGGGGCCGCUUCCGAAAUCACUUUCAAUUGAAAGAGCUCCCGCUCACCCACCCGGUACAGCACCCAAGGUUCGUUAGACCCUCCACGACCAUCGAUCAUGCAGAAGCAGCCCUCGUCCGCGUCCCGCCAGCAAGGCAACCGUAACGUGCUGCAGGGCAAGAACGGCCGCAUGAACGCUACCAAGUCGAACGCUGCCAAGCUCACGGCGCCGCCACCGACCAACACGCCCAGCCGCCGGUCGGAGACCCAGGCGCCGGCUGCCGUUGCGCCUGCUCGCAUGGGCUGGACCGAGCCGCGCGCCGGUAGCCCUCGCGUGCUUGUGGCGUCGCCCACGGCGAUCAAAUCGACGCUACACGCGGAUGCGGCGCCGUGGAUCGGCAGUUCGUCGCCGUCGCAUGCUGCGCACCACCACCCGACGGGUCGGUGGGGCGACGAUGCGCUCGAGCACGACAUGAACCCGUAUGGUCCGUACUCGUCGAUUGCGCCGACGGUGUGGUCGGCGCCCGCCCAGUGGAACGGGAACAUGUAUGCUCAGACGCAGCUGUACCAGCAGCCGUGGCAGCAACCCGAUGGACGAGCGCUUUUCCCGGCGCCGACGUCGGCGUGGGAAGCGCCGUCUGUGCGCAUCCUCAAGCGUGACGAACAGCAAGCCAAGUCGCCGCGCGUGACCCCAGCGCAGAUCCAAGCCAUCUUGUCGCCACGUAGCAGCAACUUGAAGUCGAGCUCGCCUCGCGCGAGCACGACGCCCAAGCACGUGGCGUUUGACGGCCAGGCGGCGCGCACCAACAGUCCGUCGAGCCACUCGCGCCCGUCGACCCCGCGCCAGCGCCGCCAGUCCAACCCGACGCCGGCGCCGCAGCCGAUGACCAAGGCGCAAAAGAAAGAAGCUGAUGAGAUUUUGAACGUCCUCAGCGGCGACGAGGGCGACAACACACGCCGCCGCCCUGCCAAGCUGCAGCUGCCCAAGUCGCCCCGCAGCCAGCAGGCACCCAAGCAGCAAAAGCUCUCCAAGGCCCAACGCAAGGAGCAAGAAGAGAUUUUGGCCAUCUUCAGCGACGGCGACGAGCUGCCGCGCGACCGCAAGAAGGUGUCGACACGCAAGCAACCACAGGCCAAGCACAUGGUGCUUUCGCCCCGUGGUUGGGUGGCGUCGCCCGGUAGUGGCCAAGCUGCUGCCAAGAAGGCGUCGGUGUCGCCCCGGCAGACGCCAUCCAAGAAGGCGUCCUUCUCCAAGGCCCAGAAGCGGGAGCAGGACGAAAUCUUGGCUAUUUUCAGCGACGGCGAUGAGCUUCCUCGGGACCGCAAGACCAAGACUGCGCGCAAGCAGCAGGCGGGUCAGGCCAAGCAGCAGGCGGGUCAGGCCAAGCACACGACGCUUUCGCCCCGCGGGUGGGUUGCCUCGCCCCGCGGCGGCCAGCCCGCCAAGCAGUCGAUUGCGUCGCCGCGUAGCAUGUCGCCCUCGAAGAAGCAGCAAAAGCUCACGAAGGCCCAGAAGCAGGAACAUGAAGAAAUCCUCGCCAUAUUCAGCGACGGCGAUGAGCUUCCGCGCGACCGCAGCAAGAAGGUGACGACUCGCAAGGCCGCAACUGCGCCGCGUGGUGGCAACGCGACACCCAAGAAGCAGCAAAAGCUCUCCAAGGCUCAGCAGCAAGAGCAGUUGGAGAUUCUCGCUAUCUUCAGUGACGGUGACGAGCUCCCGCGCGACCGCAAGGCCAAGAAAACUCUGAAGAAGCAACCUGCUCCCUCUCCGCGCAACGCGCAAACCAAGAAACAUGCUUCGGUGGCAUCGCCGCGCGGCAGCCAAGCCUCGAAGCAAUCGAUCGCCUCGCCUCGCACCGCCCCGAAGAAGCAGCAAAAGCUCUCUAAGGCUCAGCAGCAGGAGCAGGCCGAGAUCCUCGCUAUCUUUAGUGAUGGUGACGAGCUUCCGCGCGACCGCAAGGCCAAGAAGGCGGCGCGCAAGAACCAGAUCAAGCAGCAGCUCAAGCAAUCGGUGGCUUCACCCCGCGGCAGCCAGUCGUCCAAGCAAUCGAUCACCUCGCCUCGCAACGAGCCAAAGAAGCAGCAGAAGCUCUCCAAGGCCCAGCAGCAGGAGCAGGCCGAGAUCUUCGCCAUCUUUAGCGAUGGCGACGAGCUUCCGCGUGAUCGUAAGAAGCAAGCGACCCGAGGACGCAAAGCCUCAGCUCCCGCCAACCUGUCGACCACGUCACCGCGCGCUCAAAAGCAGAAGCAGCAAAAGCUCUCCAAGGCUCAGCAGCAAGAGCAGUUGGAGAUCUUCGCUAUCUUCAGUGACGGUGACGAGCUCCCGCGCGACCGCAAGGCCACGAAGGCGGCGCCGCGCAAGCAACAAGCCAAAAUCCAGACCAAGCAGUCGGUGGUGUCGCCCCGCGGUAGCCAGUCUUCCAAGCAGUCCAUCAGUUCGCCUCGCACCGCCCCGAAAAAGCAGCAGAAGCUCUCCAAGACUCAGCAGCAGGAGCAGGCUGAGAUCCUUGCCAUCUUCAGUGACGGUGAUGAGCUCCCGCGCGACCGUAAGGCCAAGAAGGCCAGCAGCCGCAAGCAAACUGCCAAGCAAUCGGUGGCUUCGCCCCGCGGCAGUCAGUCUUCCAAGCAGCCUCGCAACGCGCCAAAGAAGCAGCAGAAGCUGUCGAAAGCUCAGCAGCAGGAGCAGGCGGAGAUCUUGGCCAUCUUCAGUGACGGUGAUGAGCUCCCGCGCGACCGUAAGGCCAAGAAGGCGGCGCCGCGCAAGCAGCAAACCAAGCAAACUGCCAAGCAAUCGGUGGCUUCACCCCGCGGCAGCCAGUCUUCCAAGCAGUCCAUCGCUUCGCCUCGCAACGCGCCAAAGAAGCAGCAGAAGCUAUCGAAAGCUCAGCAGCAGGAGCAAGCGGAGAUCUUGGCCAUCUUCAGUGACGGUGACGAGCUUCCGCGCGACCGUAAGGCCAAGAAGGCCGGCAGCCGCAAGCAACCAGCCAAGCAGAAUGUCGUUUCGCCUCGCCCGGCCUCGGCGACAGUGAAGAAGGCCGCUUUGUCUCCUCGCAUCUCGAAGCAGCAAAAGCUCUCCAAGUCUCAGCAGCAGGAGCAGGCUGAGAUUCUCGCAAUCUUCAGUGACGGUGAAGAGCUUCCGCGCGACCGCAAGGCCAAGAAGGCGGCGCCGCGCAAGCAACCUGCCAAGCAAUCGGUGGCUUCGCCCCGCGGCAGCCAGUCUUCCAAGCAGUCCGUCAGUUCGCCUCGCACCGCCCCGAAGAAGCAGCAGAAGCUCUCCAAGGCUCAGCAGCAGGAGCAGGCGGAGAUCCUUGCCAUCUUCAGUGACGGUGAAGAUCUUCCGCGCGACCGUAAGGCCAAGAAGGCGGCGCCGCGCAAGCAAUCGGUGGCUUCGCCCCGCGGCAGCCAGUCUUCCAAGCAGUCCAUCAGUUCGCCUCGCACCGCCCCGAAGAAGCAGCAGAAGCUGUCAAAAGCUCAGCAGCAGGAGCAGGCGGAGAUCUUGGCCAUCUUCAGUGACGGGGACGAGCUUCCGCGCGACCGUAAGGCCAACAAGGCCGGCAGCCGCAAGCAACCUGCCAAGCAGAAUGUCGUUUCGCCUCGCCCGGCUUCGGCGACAUUGAAGAAGGCCGCUUUGUCUCCUCGCAUCUCGGUCAAGAAGCAGCCGCAGCAGAAGCUCUCGAAGGCGCAGCAACAAGAGCAGUUGGAGAUCUUGGCGAUCUUUAGCGACGGCGACGAGCUUCCCCGCGACCGGAAGGCGAAGAAGACGGCCCCGCGCAAGAACCAGACCCAAGUCAAGCGUGUCGUGGUGUCGCCCACCAACCGCCAGGCCGCGACACUCACCGCAUCCAAGCCAAAGGUCAAGCCACUUACCAAAGCCCAGCGCCAGGAGCAGGAAGAGAUUCUGGCCAUCUUCAGUGACGGCGACGAAUUGCCCCGCGACUUCAAGGCCAAGCGCAAGGCGGCGAAGAAGGCUCGCAAGGCGUCGGUCAACUACAACGAGCUUCACGAAAUCCUCUCUAUCAUGAGUGGUGAUGAGGCGCCGGUGAAGGCCAAGGCGGUGUUGACGAAGCGCCCGUCGGCCACGCAGCACAAGGUCGGUCUUAACGUCUCGAACGGUGGCGGCACCGUUGUCGUUAUGCCUUUGGCCAGCGAUGCGGCGGCGCAGAAACUGGACAACGACGGCUUCGAGGCCGUCAAGUCGCGCCGCACGCUCCAUCAGGAGAAGAAGAAGGAGCACGCGGCGGCGGCGACCAGCAGUGGCCUUGUCUGCCACGUGUCGUCGCACAAGGCGAGCGGCUGCACGUGUGCGCGCCUCCACGAUGCGACGGCCCGCGCCCGCUCGUCGAGCGGCACCAACUACCUCGCCCAGGAGUACUACCCGCCGGGCCGCGCGCCGCCGACCAAGACCGUGUGGACGCGUCCGGCCAAGCAAGCGUCGCCGUCGCCGCCACGCUCGGCGGAAAAGAACGCGCAAAUUCUCAAGUCCCUCGGCAAGGCGCUGCGCGAAGCUGCCACCCCGGUCAAGGCGACGCCGUCGCCAAAGCACACGGCCAAGGCGACACCGAUCAAGGCGACGCCAAAGCCGGCGGCCAAGGCGACCCCGACCAAGGCGGCGCCAAUUGCGACGACCGCCGCGAUCAAGUCGCCGCCCAAGGCGGCUGCGCACAUUCAUGUGGCCAAGAAGGGCGCCCGCGCGACGCUCUCGACGUAAGCGGCAACAGCGUGUCGUGACUGUAUGACAAAAUCGUUUAUGUAUCUUAACUCAAAAAUAAAGCUGCCUCGUAACGCA